UUUCCCCUAUUUAUAAUACCAAAAGAUAUCUCCAUUAUUCAUUCAUCAGUUCUCUCUCUCCUCCCCGCCUCGUCUCUCUCCUGGUUUCGAUCGUGCGAAGAACCGGAAGCUAUAGUCGUGAAAAAAUCCGCAUCAAUUGAGAGAAUCAGUGAAUCACAUAAUUUUAGGGCUUCGCUUGCAAAAUCAGAGGCUUUGUUGGUGGUGGUGAAGUUGUAUUAGAGAAAAAAAGAAAAAAAAUCGAUAAAGUUAGGGUUUUUAUUUAUUUUGUGCUAAUUUAUUGUAUUUUUUGUUUGUUGUAGUGUAUCGCAAUUUAAUGAGAAUUGGUGUGAAGUGUAAUACUGAUAAAUUUCCUUCUUUUUUCAGUUUUGAUUUUACCUUUUUUUUUAUUUCCCCAGUUACAUUCAAUUGUUGUAGUGGAUUAUUCAGAAAAAAAAGAGGAACACUUUGUUAUUGAAGGUUAAUUUUGUUAUUAUAUGCAAAAAAGAAAAAAAAAAGAUAAAAGCUUUAUUGAGUUAGUAUUUUCAAUUGAGUAAAAAAGAAAAGGAAAAAAAAGGGAAAGUAAGUUAUUUUGUGUUGUUUGUGGAAAGAGGAGGCGAUAUGAGUAGCACUGCAUAUGGAGUAUCUGAACCAAUUUCAACUGGUGGGCCCACUGAAUUGGAUAUUGUUAGAAACCGCGAAUUGGAAAAGUUUCUUGCAGAUGCAGGCUUAUAUGAAAGUCAUGAAGAAGCCAUUAAGAGGGAAGAAGUGCUAGGGAGAUUAGACCAGAUUGUGAAGACGUGGGUGAAAAAUGUCUGUCGUGCUAAAGGCUUCAAUGAUGACGUGGUGCAAGAGGCAAAUGCAAAAAUCUUCACAUUCGGGUCAUAUCGGUUGGGAGUACAUGGCCCUGGUGCUGAUAUAGACACUCUCUGUGUAGGACCUAGACAUGCGACUCGUGAAGACUUCUUCGGUGAACUUCAUAGAAUGCUUGAAGAGAUGCCUGAAAUACAAGAACUUCAUCCUGUACCUGAUGCUCAUGUUCCUGUUAUGAAGUUCAAGUUCAAUGGGGUUUCUAUAGAUCUUCUUUAUGCAAAUGUAGCACUCUGGGUUAUUCCUGAGGAUUUGGAUGUUUCACAGGAGUCCAUACUACAGAAUGUGGAUGAGCAGACUGUUCGUAGUCUUAAUGGAUGUAGAGUAACGGAUCAAGUUUUGCAUUUAGUACCCAAUAUCCAGAGUUUCCGCACCACACUGAGAUGCAUGAGACUGUGGGCAAAAAGGCGUGGAGUUUACUCAAAUGUUACUGGAUUUCUUGGCGGUAUUAAUUGGGCAUUGCUUGUUGCUCGGAUUUGCCAACUUUAUCCAAAUGCAGUUCCUAGCAUGUUGGUCUCUCGGUUUUUUAGAGUCUACAGUUUGUGGCGCUGGCCAAACCCAGUUUUGCUGUGUCCAAUAAAUGAAGGAUCUCUUGGGCUUGCUUAUUGGGAUCCUCGGAGGAAUUUCAAAGAUAGGCAGCAUCUAAUGCCGAUAAUAACUCCAGCAUACCCCUGCAUGAAUUCUAGCUACAAUGUUUCAACGAGUACCUUGCGUGUUAUGACAGAAGAAUUUCAGAGAGGGAAUGAACUUUGUGAGGCAAUAGAAGCUAACAAAGCUAGCUGGCAAAGUCUUUGUGAGCCUUUCGCUUUUUUUGAAGCCUAUAGAAACUAUUUGCGGAUAGACAUAGCUGCAGAAAGUGAGGAUGACAUGAGGAAAUGGAAAGGCUGGGUUGAAUCUAGGAUACGCCUGCUUACUCUAAAGAUUGAGAGAGACACUGCUGGUGUACUUCAAUGCCAUCCACAUCCGGGUGAAUUUUCAGAUAAAUCUAAGCCGUUUCACCAUUCUUAUUUUAUGGGAUUACGUAGAAAACAAGGUACAAAUCCUCAACAAGGUGAACAAUUUGAUAUAAGGUUGACAGUUGAGGAUUUUAAGCGAGAUGUAUAUGCAUAUUCUUUUUGGACAUCUAGCAUGUGGAUUCAUGUGUGUCAUGUCAGACGAAAAGACCUUCCUAACUUUGUCUUCCCUGGAGGAGUGCGUCCUGCUCAGCCUGCAAGAAGUGAAAGUCGUUCAGUUUCAAAGUCACUUGGUUCUUCUAAGGCAACAUCUGUAGAUGCUGCUUUUAGCAGAAAGAGAAAGCACGACGAAGUUAAUACAGGUUUUACCUCAAAAGAGUCUUGCCUGGCCAUGAGUAGCAGUGAUGCCAGCUCACCAGGUGAAACUAGAGAGUUGAAGCAAUUUGAAGCUGAUAUUGGUGAUACCUUGAAUAGUGGUGGGCGUGUUGAUAGCCAAAUUGAAGUUUCUGUCAAAAGCACGUUGCCUGUGCCUUCAUCAUGUGCAGCUGUAACAGAGACAAUAGCAGUCAAGCAAUCAGCAGAACCGACUGUGGGCCAUCAAAGUGGAUCUCAUGGUUUUGAAGAUCCUGGGGAUGAACUUGAAUUGACAAAUGGAGUCAAGCCUUCUGAUGGGGCUAAUGAACUGCAGAUGGAGCCCCCAACAGCAGAGGAAAUGGUUGAGGCAACAACAUCAGAGGAAAAGGACGGAAUUGGUGGCUCUAGCCAUAAGGUCCUACAAAGCGAGGGCUUGGAAGAACUUGAGCCGCUUGAGCUAGCUGCACCGUCAUCCAGCCUUGCAUCUGAUGCAUUUGUGGUUCCUCAGAAGCCUCUCAUUAGGUUUAAUUUUACUUCUUUGCGGAAAACAACUGAAAGUACAUGAAGAAAUGUGCAGUGACCACAUCUGGAGAUUGAAGUAUAUCGGAAACCUUUUUAUAGAAAGCAUCAGAGAUGAUAUUUUUAAUGAAGAAGACGCGGGAGAAAAAAAUGGAAUAAAGACAAAAAGCAGAGCUAAAAUCCAUUUUUGGCUGGAGGUGCGAGUACAUCUUGCAAUUUCUUAGGCUGAGCCAUGAUUUCUAAAGCAAAAAAGGAGAAAAAGAAAAAAGAACUGAAUCCAAUUUUGACUGGAAUUGGUAUUUCUUGUAAAUUAUCAGUUGUUUGGAGACAUCCUCAAGUGCCUUUUGGGUGCUGAUUGUAAAUUAUAUGGAUAAUAUCUAAAUAAUGUGUACUCGAAUACUAUGUUUUGUGUAUUUAAGUUUGGAAAAUUUAAAAUGUGGAUUUGCUUGUUCUACACA